CCAUUACCGUUAUUUAGAACAAAGGUUCCUGAUUUCCUUCUGCCGUUUGCUAUUUUCUGAUUACCACAUUUUGGUUGUUCAGAAAUUAGAGAGAGAAGAAAACACGCGCCAGAAGCAGAACAUCAACACUUGUUCAACGUUGCCACCUCUCUUUCUCUCUCCUAUUUUUCUGUAUUAAUUCAUUCAAGUAUUUACCAUAAAAAUGGGAGGAUUUUUCAGUUCAACCAGCAAAACCAACAGCGAAGAAGACAUUAAAAUGGCGUUAGAGAAGGCGAAACACCUCGUUUCUUCCACCCCCGUCUUCGUCUUCAGUAAAACAUACUGUGGAUACUGCAAUAGGGUCAAGAAUCUGCUCAAACAGAUUGGUGCUGCUUUCGAGGUCAUGGAAUUGGACCAAGAACAGGACGGAGACGCAAUCCAAGCAGCACUUCUGGAGUGGACUGGACAGAGAACUGUACCGAAUGUUUUUAUAGGUGGAAAGCACAUAGGCGGUUGUGAUGCGGUGACAGCAAAACACCAGCAAGGGCAGCUUGUGCCCAUGCUUGUGGAUGUUAAAGCAAUUGCUGCCGAGCAGACCGCGUAAGCAUUCCUUAAAGUGCAAAAGCUCGGAAAGACGGAUAUGCUGUAUUUUUAAGCUUUGUAAUCUAUGUAAAAGGGUAGUAUAACAGUCUGAAACCUCUCUUUAGAAUGUGACAUGAAAGAUUGUCUGGUAGGAGAAAGAGUAUGGUCAAGUUUCUUUGGACUUUGGAGUUCAAUAAACAAAGAAUAAAUGGUGUAAAGAGUAAACGAGUUGUACUUUUUCUGUUCUCUUUUAGUUGCAACGUUUUGACUUUCA